CGAGAUAUAUAUAUUCAGUUUAAAUAAACCGUAUAUUCUACAACAUGCACUGAGUACUCCGGUAUUUGUUUGCCACACACACACACACACACACACACACACACACAAUUAUAUAUAUAUAUACAUACUCCAGCCGCCACUGAAAAUUGGAAGAUUGUUAAUUUAAGGCGAGUGACGGAAAAGAGUCCCAAAUGACAAAUACAACUUCAAGAGUUUCUCUUGUAAACGGAAUUGCUGUUUAUAACUGUCUCAAUUUUAGUGUUUGCCGUCAGAAGACAAAGGUCUUCUUAACUAAGCGGAAGAUUAGUCAGGAUAAUAUUAUUACAAAGAGGAACUUAAAGAACACUGGAAACAUAUUCAGAGGAUUUGGGAUUAACAUUUGAAAACUAAAUUGAUAUUUCAAAGAAGGACUCCCUUGAAUGGAGCAGCAGUGACAAUGACACUGACGGAUAGUUCCAAAUAUUCUGUUGGUAGCCAGCCUCCAUUAGGACCUGUUGCACCCUUAUCCGUAAGCCACACAAAUAGCAGCAAGGAAGCAUCACACCACUGGGAUGUUAAUGACUCAAUGUUGCCUAUGGUUGCUCAAUUCGAUAUUUUUGAAGAAUGGCCGAACGGCCACAGCCGGUUUGUUUACGGAACAGAGCUAGAGGAAGCUAGACGUCAUGCCAGCGGUUGGGCAAUGCGUAAUACUAACAAUCAUAAUGUUCAUAUUUUGAAAAAGUCCUGCCUCGGCGUUCUCGUGUGCAGUCUCGACUGUUCACUUAAUGAUUCGGGAAAUAAAGUACAUUUACGUCCUGCUAUAUGUGAUAAAGCCAGGAGGAAGCAAAUUGGUAAACCUUGUCCAAAUUCUAAAUGUGGUGGUCAUCUUGAACUCUUAUCAUGUCGAGGUCAUUGUGGCUAUCCAGUGACACAUUUCUGGAGACAUCUCAAUAGCGCCAUCUAUUUCCAAGCAAAAGGCGUCCAUGAUCACCCUAGACCGGAAAUAAAAUCGUCAGCCGAAGCCCGCCGCCAACAACAGAACUGUAAACAGCAAAAACGGCUUCAGGCUCGUGGUUAUCGUGGUAAAAGACGAGGACGUCAGACCAGCGCAGAAAGACCGACCAAGAGACAUAAAGUUUCACAAACUAAUUCAGUGUUAUGUUCCUGUCCACCAUUCGAAUGCACGUGUUCUCAGCGUACAAGCAGUGCAAAUAGCGUUCCAUCCGGGCCUUUUCCAACUUGGAUGUCUGGAACUGUGGAUAACAAUGAUAGUUAUAUCCAGAACUCAUUCUUGCCAUCAAACCCCGAAGCUAUGCCUUCAUAUCAUCAAAACAAUAUGGUUAAUGACUGUCGUAUUUCGCCAACAAAUAGACCGGAUAUCUGUGAAACAAAGCAACUUCCUGCUGUGUACCCUAUGCAACCUCGCCUUAAACUCGGUCAGUCUCCGCUCAGGUCACCGCUGACUUCAUUAAGUCGAAGUGUUGGACACACGAAUAUAAACCGCACGUUCGAGCUAGAGUCAUGUGACAAGAUACCAGUUGAAGAGUGGACUAUUACAAAACGACGGUCUCAGUGUGAAUAUGAAAGCCAUUUUGACAGAAGUGUUUAUACACCAGGUAAACAGCAGGAUUCGAUGUUUUACCGCAACAGACAAGUUACCUACAGUACAAUAUAUUCUGGUUUGCCCAGUCUUCCCUAUGAUACAUACAGCACACCACAGCAACAUCGAGCCCCUUCAGAUAACUUCAAUUUGAAUGGAAGUUGGUCAAACCGCCAUCCACGUAAUAGUCCCAACCCCGAGUUUGGAUGGGAACAUGGAAGCGGUAAUAUAUCUUGUGUAAAACCGGCUGAAAAUAGAGACUACCCGUCCAGACAAGGGUCUUAUAGGGAAUCUGCUUCAUGGCUUCCUGAGCAUGAAACAAGACCUUCUCAGAUGCCCUCAGCAACCCGAGGCAUGGCCGACAUGUGUUGCUCUUACCCACCUAAACAUAGUUCUUUAAGGGAGCCAAUCAAAAUGGACCUGCAUGAUGAUGUAAAACCGUGUCCAACUAUUUUAGACAGUUAUCCCUCGAAAACAAGACUUUCCAGCGUACCAGAUCGUUCUUCUGCUUCGAUAUCUCCAUGUUUUCUCGAACUGAAAUCCACUUCAAACUUCUCCAAAAGUCUGACAGACACCGAUCCAAACCUGACCGGCGAAGCUGACAAACAUGACAAUCGAAAAUCAGAUUACCACUGGCUUCGCUUUCAGGAACCUAUUACACCCGCACCAUCGUCGUUUGAUAGAGAUUCCUUGACAUUCGACCCCUUACACCCUAGCAACUCAAGUAAAGGUCCUCGCACCGAAAUGCAGAUCCCCUGCAUGCAAAAUUGUGAUUAUGACGGGAAUUUAAUUCCUGUCUAUGGUGACCAAUCAGCGUCUUCAACAGCCAACGGUUGUAAUUCUAUGAAACAAAAUUUGUGUAACCACAGCAUUAAUAUAACCCUUACGUACAGUUAGAGACACACAAGAGGGUAUUAUAUGGUGUUUAUAAUCUUUAUACUUUCAUAUGCUUAUGGACGUUGAACAAAAUUAUUUCCUUUAAAAGGAAAAGAUAAUAUAUAUUUAUUUUUCAAAUUUAGAUUUGAAUAUAUUUUACAAUAAAUUAUCCGAGAACAACGUCAUAAUUUAGGAAGUAAUUUCCUGUCGAGCAAGCAAACUGGUUUCAUUUCCUGGUUGAAGUCUGUUCACGCCGCUUACAACACUAUCAUUUAAAACAAUACUAACGUCAUACACAUUCAUUUAUUUCUGCUUUCAUGUCGAUACGAUCAGUGAAGAGCAGGCUGAGUCACGAAAGCACCACACUAAAGAUUUUAUAGUAUUCACUUUCGCUUGCCAUAUUUUUUUAGCUAAAAUUCUGUCGAGGACUCUGCUUUUCAUUCUUCUAAGCUCGUAAUAUAAUCCUCAGAUUUAAAUUACGCAGUUUGUCUCAUCUAUUGACAAUAUCCAUUCAUUCCCUAGUAUACAUUGGUCAAGUGCCCCAGAAAACACUAUUAAAUUAUUUUGAUACAGUUUUUAUUGAAUUCCUAUUAAUGCUGCCUUGUAAAAAUCUACCGUUCUUCAUUUAUUUUUUUUCACAUCCGAUACUAUGGUUGAAAUUCACCUCAAUAUUUCACCUUCAUCAUUCUGUUAGACAUCCACAGUUUUAAGUAACGUACACGUUUUUUUUUUUUUUAGUUAGCCACCAUUUUAAGUGUUGCUUAUAAAAGCAGUGGUGAGAUCACAUCUAAAUGGAAACUUUCUGAAGAGAGGUGAGAGAGACUCACCAUCAAAGACUGUGCAAUAGAUACAUAUAUAAAAUAUCCGUCAAAAUUUAUAACAGAAAAUAGGACGAAGGGCUUGCAGAAACAUUAUAGUAUCCAUGUAAAUACAAUAACUUUCAGCUCUUAAUGUUCUGAUUUCGAAUCCUGCCUGGUACAGGCUUGCUAUUCAUUCCUCUAGGAUUCCAUAAAAUAAAUGACUUGUCACUAUCAAUCCGUCAAAAAUCUGACCUUUCACCUUCUUCAAGGAGACCAAUAUUUAUCAACCGCAAAAGACUGUUGCUCUAACAUUUGUGAUAAAUCUUUACCCUAAAUGGGAAUGUUGUUAUUAUUUGUUUUUUUUUCUUUUAAGAUUAUGUUGUGUCAAUUUGUAUUUAAUAUUUUGAACUAUAAUUAAUACAAUAUGGAAAGUUGUAAGAUAAUUUAAAUAUUGGCAAAGGGUUGUAUUAUAUACACAACGGUAAUUUAAGAAUUUUGAUAUGUUACAGCAAAAAUAACAAUCAUUUCAAUUGAAACUUCCAUAAUGUUUUUUUUUUGUUUUUUAAUUUGCGGAGAGACUAGAAGAUCGUGUUUUUUCAGAAUACUCUGAGACAAAGUUUGUGACAUGCUGUUCACUUUGACAUACACCCAUAUUACGCACUCCACUCUCUCUCUCUCUCCACACACACACACACACACACACACACACACACACACACAACACACACACACACGCACACAAACACACACACACACACACACACACAAACACACAACACUCACA